AUGCCGCUGCACUGUUCCCUGCCCGCGACCUGUUCGACGUUGUGCCUGCGAGCAGCGGCGCGGCCCGACGCCCGCUAUCCGAGCUCCCACGCGCGCCUCGUCGGCCUAGCACUUUCUCGCCCACGCCACCGGAGGCUCGUGCACACUGGCUGCGCGCGGGCGGGGACGAGCGACUCUAAGGCCGUGCAGCUGGUGCUGGGCGGCCGUGCGCGCGGCGACGAUGGCGACACUGACUCCGAGUCCAGCGACGACGAGGACGCCCAGGAUCGCAUGACCGACGAGGAGCGGAGGACGCUGCGCCGGAAGAUACGGGAGAUGAUGGACCGCGUCCCGGAGACGGCGGAGCUGACGGACCCGGAGGAGCGGAGGGCCAAGAUGCGGGAGCUGCUGACCAAGUACGAGCUGGUGAUAGAGGAGGAGGACCCGGACUGGCCCGAGGACGCCGAGGAUGGGAUGGGCUUCAGCCUCGGCCAGUUCUUCGACAAGAUCACCAUCAAGGCCGAGAAGAAGGAUGACGCCGAGGAGGAUGAUGACUCGGGGUAUCAGAGCGACAAGGAGAUUGUUUGGGAGGAUGACAAUUACAUCAAGCCGGUAAGGGAUGUCAGGACACAGGAUUGGGAUGCGUCUGUGUUCACUGAUUUCGGGCCGAUGAUUGUGCUUGUGCAUAACAGAUAUAAGAGACCGCAGGAGGAUGAGAUGGCGAGGGCUGAGCUUACUAAGGCAAUUGAGAUGUUUUGGGAACACAAUCUGCCAUCACCAAGGUGUGUGGCUGUAGAUGCCUGUGCCGAGCCUGACCUCAUGGACGCUCUGAAAGUUUCUGGUUUCCCUGAGAUUCUCUUCACCAACGCGGGGAGGAUAAUAUACCGUGAGAAAGUUGUCCGGUCGGCGGAGGCAUGGUCGAGGAUGAUGGCGUUUUUCUACUAUAAAGCAGCAAGGCCACCGUUCUUGUGUGAAGCAGAUGGGAAGGGUCAAGAAAAGGUCCCUUUGAUGUCAUGA